AUGGGAGUGGAAGCUCGGCAUACGAGGUGUGGCAUUGGGGUUACUAGAUUGGAGGGGGGCGCGGAAGGGGGGAAUUUUCUGCUGGGGGAGAACCAGGCGGGCGCGGAGGACGAGGCGGUGAAGAUCCGCGUGCCCGCGGGGGAGGGCGCGGGGGAGGCGCGGUGGCUGGCGGGCGUGGGACUGCUGGACGCGGUGCUGACGUACCUGUGGCGCGUGCACGGGGCGGACUACUACGGGGGCACGGAGCUGCGCGGGCUGCCCAAGGGGCUCCGACACGUGCGCGCUAAUGAGGGCGAGGAGGGCAAGGGGGACGGCGCAGGGGGAGGGGACGGUGGGGAGGGGUUUGAGGCGUGGGCGCGGCGGGUGGAUGAGGUGUGGCGGGUGCGCGUGGGGGCGGAGGGGGAGGACCCGGUGGUGGCGCUGGUGGGCAAGGCGCGCGUGGAGGCGCGCAUGGGCGCGGCCAUGGAGGGCAUGGUGAGGAAGAUCAAGGACGACAAGUACGGGUGGAAGUACGGGUGCAGUGCGCCCGGGUGCUCCAAGCUGUUCCACGGGCCUGAGUUCGUGGUGAAGCACCUCAAACUCAAGCACCCCGACCUGGUGGCGGAGCAGACAAACCGCAUCAAGGAGGACGUCUAUGAAGACAACUACAUGCGUGCAGUCGAAGAGGGGCAUGUGUCUGUCUUGUCUCGCUAUGUUGCCUCUUGCUGCCCAUUCACUCCUCUUUGUCUCCCCUCUCAUUCGCUUUCGCCCCUCCCCUCACCGUCCCCACCAUGCAGCGACCCCAACGCCCCUGUCCGGGGAAGGGAGGACAGGGAGAGGGACAGGGAGCGGGAGAGGGAGAGGGAGAGGGGGGGCCACGGCCACUCGCCGGUGCCCAUGUCGGCCCGCCUGGGUGCGCGCCUGCCCCCUCCCCCCGACCCCUAUGCCUUCCCCCCCGACCGCUUUGACCGCCCCCCGCCCUUUGACCGGCCUGCUGCCGGCCCCCCUCCCCCCAUGGGCGCUCCCCCUGAUGCUGGCGAGCCCUUCCCCGGGGAGCGCGGGGCGCGGUACGAGGGGGACGUGUUUGACCGCCGGGGGGGCAGGGGGCGCGCGGGUGAGGGGGAGCGGUACGAGCGGAGGGGGCGGGAGGAGGGGCCGGAGGGGAUGGAGAGGUUUGAUGGGGGUGGGGGAGGGGAGUUCAUGGGACCGGGGGCAGGCGGGGGGAUGUUUGACGACAGGGGGCCGCACCUGGAGGGUCCCCCCCCGCCCGUGCUGAUGGGCGGCCCGGGCGGGCCUGUGGAGGGGCCGCCCGUGUUUGACGUGUUUGACGGCCCGCCGCCCCCGCUGCCGCCCGUUGGGCCGCCCAUGCCGCCGCACAUUAGUGGCACGAAGCCCGCCGGCCGGCCCAGGGGGGCCGUUUGGGGGGCCACUGCCGCCCGUGCUCAUCCCCGUGCCCGGUGCCGGGUGAGUGGCGCUGGGGGGGGGCAGGUGCUGGGGGAUGGGGGGCGAGGGGGAUGUGGACAGGGGGGGUAG